GAGGAAGCAGGGAAGAAUGUUGGGCGGAGUGGAAGCAGCUGGCUGGGAGGGGCGCAUGCGCAGUGCGCGGCUCGACUGUGGCAGGCGCUGAAAUUCAAAUCUGCAGAGCAGUUGCCGAGGCUCGAGACGGAAGAGUCAGCCAGUUAGUUAGACAGAGAGGAGUGGCGCGCGAGGGGCCUCCGCCAUGGACCCCUUCACUGAGAAACUUCUAGAACGAACCCGUGCGAGGAGAGAAAAUUUACAGAAGAAAAUGGCGGGACGGCCAACAGCUGCACUGCGAACUACAGCACAAACAAAAAGGAGCAGAGAACCAUUGUCCGAAGCUGGUAAUCAGCCACUUCAGCCAAGCAACGAAGAAAAGCCAAGUACAAAACCAUCACCAUCCAAAAGACGUUGUUCAGACAAUGUAGAUGUCCCAAUUUCUCAUUCAGAGAAUGCAUGCCCGAUUAACUCUUCUAUAAACCAUGUUGCUCCUGAAGAUAAACCUAUAUCUCACCCUGUUGCAUCACCCAUAAAGAAUGAAGAGCCGGCCCCUAAAUCUGAAGUCUCAAUUUCUUCAGUUAAAACACGUAUGCAAAAGCUUGCUGACCAACGCCGUUACUGGGAUAGUGAUUUGUCUGAAAGUUCUUGCAGCUCUCCCGUCCAAUCAAAAGAAUGGGUUGCUUCUCCACCCAAGCAAUUUCCACUUACAACAGACACCCCAAUAGGACGAAGGGGCCGACUUGCUAACCUUGCUGCUACAAUUGGCUCCUGGGAAAAUGACGUAAGUCAUACAUCUGGAAAACAAAACAAUACACAAGAAGAGCCUGGUACUACUUGUUUAUCCAAAUUGUCCACUACAAGUGGAGCAUCUGCUAGAAUCAAUAGUGACAGUGUGAAGCAGGAUGCUGCAUCCUGUUCGCAAAGGGCUGUUGAGUCAUCUGUGAAUAAGCCAGCAAUCUCUGGAAUAUUGGGACCUAAUAGUUCUGCAACAAAAAACUCAGGAAUAACCAACCAUCAUUCUAAAGAAACAGAGGUAUCAAAAUUGUCACAUGAAAAGCCUCCUGUUAAGGCUUCGCUGAAACCAGUGUUGUCUCAACAGCUUCCUGCCAAAGACGCACGAUUUAAAGGAACACAUGUACAAGUUGAUUGCAAGGAUAAGCCAACAACACCAGGAGGAUCAGGCAUUAAGACUUUUCUUGAACGCUUUGGAGAACGGUGCCAGGAGCGUAGUACACAAAGUCCUGUCAUCACUGGAGGACACAAAACUCCCAUUAUCACUCCAAAUACAAAGACAAUCCAAGAAAGACUCUUCAGACAGACUGAAGUAUCCUCAACUGCCAAUCUAACUUAUCAGAUCAAAAAGGAACGUGAACGAGAACUUGCAUGCAUUAGAGGUCGUUUUGAUAAGGGCAACUUGUGGAGUACUGAAAAAGAAGAGAAACUGAAAAAGAAAGAUCAAGAAACGAAACAGGACAUUCGGAUUCAAGCUAAUUCAAAGCACAUCACUAGUUCAGUUGAUAAUUCCCAGUUAGCAACAGAAGAAGUCACAAGACGUGAGAUAACAGCAGACAGCACAUUUUCAGGUACUUCAGAUGAAAAGACAGAAGAACACACUCCCCUGAGAACCUUCCCACCAAAGACUCCUACAAAAACCGUUUCUAAUUCAAAGCUUGAGGAACUCUCUGAAAAACAAAAUGAUUAUAAUGUGGAAUCAGAUUGUAAAAAGACAGAAGAACACAGUCCACUGAAGAUUGUCUCGCCGAAGAUUUCUGGAGAUAAAGUGUCUAACUCAAGCCUUGAGCAACUUCCUGCCAAACAAAACGGUGAAGAAACUGAGGUGAAUAACGAAAUGAAUAGUUCAAAGGUGAUCAAUGACAUAUUUGAUGAAGUUCUUCAGGAUGGUGGGACUGACAUAGAGAAACUUAAAAAGGACAUGAGAAUUAACUUAGAAUAUGAUAGUGAAGAGGAAGCAGAAGAAACUCUGAAUAUUUCAUCCAUGUCACUCUUAACACCCUUGACCGAGUCUGUUGCUGUUGCAAGUCCAGAGAUUUUUGCCUCCCCAUGUAAAUCAGUGGGCCAAGGAAGCAAUGGAAAUGAUGACAGUCCAAGGUCAAGCAAGUUUCAGAGAAUGUCUGUCUGUAGAACUGAAUCCUCAAGCAGCUUUGGUUCCUUGUCAGAGGAACGCAGUCUUCUGUAUAGCAUUGAUGCCUAUCGGUCUCAGCGGGUCAAGGAAAUUGAUCGUCCUUCAAUAAAGCAAGUAAUUGUUCGUAAAGAAGAUGUUUCUUCCAGGAUUGAGGAGAAAAAGAAUGGAGAUUCUGACCAAAUUAACAUUAAAAGCAAAUUGCAGGAGUUGAAUAAUGAAAUAAAUCUGCAACAAACAGUCAUACAUCAAGCAAGCCAGGCUCUGAACUGCUGUAUUGAUGAGGAACAUGGAAAAGGAUCGCAAGAAGAAGCAGAAGCUGAGAGACUACUUCUCAUUGCAACUGAAAAAAGAGCAGCAUUAUUGGAAGAGCUGAACAAAUUAAAAAAUGGAGGCCCUAAAAAGAAGAUUAAAGCUAUGCCUGCUGGAGUUUCUCCAUCCAAAGGAUCAGUUACUCUGUCAGAAAUGCGUCUGCCUCUGAAAGCUGACUUUGUAUGCAGUACUUUGCUGAAAUCAGAUACUGCAAACUACUACGUAAUCAUGUUGAAAGCAGGCACAGAAAACAUGGUUGCUACACCUUUAGCAAGUACUGCAAAUUCCCUUAGUGGUGAUGCUCUUACUUUUUCAACAACGUUCACAUUGCAAGAUGUGCCCAAUGACUUUGAGAUAAAUAUUGAAGUUUUUAGUUUGGUACAGAAGAAAGAAUCCACAGGCACCGAUAAAAAGAAAAAAGCUGUUAAGUCAAAGGCUAUUACUCCAAAGAGAUUACUGACAUCCAUUACUGCUAAGAGUAAUCUUCUUACACCAGCUAUGGCCAGUCCAGGUGGACCAAAUGCUGUGCGCACUAGUAACUUUGUUCUCGUUGGUUCAUGCACAAUUUCACUGUCUUCACUAGGAAAUACCAAAUUCCAGCUGGACAAGAUAAAUUAUGGAGUUAAGGAGAGAGAGCUACUGGGUUAUAUGUUCCAGGAUAAGGUUCCUUUUUUGUCCCCUCUAGAAGGUCAUAUAUAUCUGAAAAUUAAAUGUCAAAUAGAUUCCUGUGUGGAGGAGAGAGGCUUUUUGACUAUGUUUGAAGAUGUCAGUGGGUUUGGGGCUUGGCAUCGGCGUUGGUGUGCUCUUUCUGGCAAUUGUAUCUCUUAUUGGACUUACCCAGACGAUGAAAAACGAAAGCAUCCUUUGGGCUCAAUAAACCUAGCAAACUGCACCAGUCGUCAAAUUGAACCUGCCAACAGAGAAUUCUGUGCUCGGCCCAACACUUUUGAGCUAAUUACUGUUCGGCCACAGAGAGAAGAUGACAAGGAAACGCUUGUUAGCCAAUGCAAAGACACUUUGUGUGUUACCAAGAAUUGGUUAUCUGCUGAUACUAAAGAUGAGCGUAAUCUGUGGAUGCAAAGACUCAACCAAGUUCUUGUUGACCUUCGCAUGUGGCAGCCUGACGCUUGCUAUGUUCCUGUUGGAAAGCCUUGAAUUGCAGAAGAAAUUUCUCGUAAGAGCUUGCUUCCAAUGUCAGAUACAAACCCUGCUCUUUUAAUAUAUCUGGAUGUGAUGGUCAUUGUAUUGGACUAUUUGCUGCCUUUAGAGUUUUAACUCUAGUACUGGGGUAUGAUAGAUAGCUGUUUUAAGCACUUUUGCUGUGCUAAAUGUGUUCUAUAUUAUAAAACUUUUUGAAAUAUGUAGUUCUGUUCACUUUUAAAGUAAAGGUUUCUAUUAUCAAAGCUUGCUUUAUUUCAAGAAUAAAAAGAUUCUGCACAAGGGGAGGAGAACAAUCUAGGAAGUUUUAUCAGUAAACAUUUUUUCCUAACAAGUAUGCCUCAAAUUGAUUCAGUUCUACUAGAGAGCUGAAACAGGAACUUCCACUUUUUAUAUAUAUUAGGAUUUUAAAAAUAUAAUUAGUGGUCUUUUUUCAAAUCACCUUUUAGGUGUUAAAUAGUUUGAGGUUUUAAUUCCUGUCAUUUGCAAAAAGUACCACUUUUUGCAAAGAAAAUUGCAUAAAAUAGGAACAUAUUCCAAUUGUGAAAAUAAGAUAUUUUGAUGCAUGAUUUUGCGCACAGUGUGGUUUAUAUAUAUCAGUUAUGCAGGGCAUUUGUACAUAUUGCUAUGAAACAAGCAUCUGGAAUGCUUUAAGCUGCUUUAAGAACAGCAUCUUUUAUCAUUACUUUCCUCUCCAAGCCAUAUUAAUCUAUGUUUCAUAGUUUGGAUGUAAAAAAUUCACUGGUCUUUAGGCACUAGAGAACAGUAUUUUUUAAAUAAAAUUCAGACUGCAGGGCUGCUAUAAACAAAGUAUUACUUCAUAUAGUCUGUCAUUAAGCCUGUUAAAGCAAUAAUUUUAACCGAUCAGUGAAAUAUCAUGGCUACUCAGGUAAACUGCAUAUGCGCAGUUUUCAUAAAAGCUUUCAAUGGAGUACCACAUUGUGCUGUGUUGGCGCUGAUAGUGCUGCAUAUUUUAAAAUAUUAGUUGCAGGACACUGUCUUAAUUGCUAUGGUUAAAAACACUAAUUCUUUCAACUUCCCCCUCUUCAAGUCAUCCUUUGUAUUAUUAUUUUCAAUGUCCACUUUUUCUGCUGUUUUAAAACAAGGAACAAGAACUUCUCAGCAUAUAUAAAUAAAAAUGUAUCAAUGGGAUUCCA